GCGUGAGCAAACAGUUUCCUCUUGUCCUCUUUGUCAUUCAUUUGAAUCCGCUUCCUGUUCUGGUAAACUGUGUUUGUGCAGCCAGACAGUCCUCACCUCUUCCUCUUUCAUGCCCCACAGAAUGGAGGCCCUGCUGAACGAGUGGCUGUGGCGGGAGGAGUUCUGGAUCCCUCCUGGGAGUCACUGGAAAGACAUGGAGAUGAAGGAAGGAGAGGGCCACUUUCCUCUACCCAGGCAUCUCAUCUACACCUUACCACUAGCUCUGAUCUUCGUAGCCAUCAGAUAUAUCUUUGAGAGGGUCAUCGCCAUCCCCCUCAGCAGAGUCUUAGGUGUGAAGGAUCGGAUUCGGAUUCGAGCCGCUUCCAUCCCAAAGCUGGAAGCGUUUUAUAAACAGCACAGCCAGCAGCCAUCGCAGAGUGAAGUGGUGGGCCUGGGGAAGCAGUGUGGACUCUCGCAGAGAAAGAUCCAGACCUGGUUUAGACACAGAAGGAACCAGGACAGACCCAGCAGCACCAAAAAGUUCUGCGAGGCCUCCUGGCGCUUCGUCUUCUACCUCACGUCGUUCACAGCAGGGCUCGGCUCGCUAAUUGAUACGCCGUGGUUCUGGGAUCAGAGCGAGUGCUGGAGGGGUUAUCCCAAACAGCCUGUGUCUGAGGCUCAUUACUGGUAUUACAUGUUGGAGAUGGGCUUCUAUUUGUCGCUGCUUCUGAGCAUCUCUGUGGAUGUGAAGCGAAAAGAUUUCAAGGAGCAGGUGGUUCAUCAUAUCGCCACCAUAAUUCUCAUCGGUUUCUCCUACAUUGCCAACUAUGUGAGGGUGGGCACUCUGGUGAUGCUGGUUCACGACUCUGCCGACAUUAUUCUCGAGGUGGGUAAGAUGCUGCACUACGCCUUGUGGGCGACGACAUGCGACGUCCUGUUUGUCCUCUUUGCUCUGGUGUUCCUCGUCACGAGGCUGUACGUUUUUCCAAGCAGGAUCAUCCACACCACGCUGAUCGUUUCAAUGCAGUUCUACGAGCCUUUCUUUGGUUAUUAUUUCUUCAACGCUCUUCUGUUCGUGCUACAAUUGCUGCACAUCUACUGGGCCUACCUCAUCCUGCGCAUGGUCUACAGGUUUGCCUUCGUGGGCAAGAUCGAGGGUGACGUGCGCAGCGAUGAGGAAAGUCCGGUGGAUGACAAUGAAGAAGAUGAGGAAGAUGGGGGCGAGUGCAGCUGGGAGCAGAGGAAGGAUGCGAUUAACUCCAGACUGGCAUCGCUGGCUAACAACUGCGUCCUGAACAACCUGAGCAAGCAGACAAACAGAAACAGCAGACUACCCAAAACCAGAUAGUGGCUCCAACAUGGUCCGUUGAUGAUUUCAGGUCAGGGUGGGUUUGCCUCUGAGCAAAGAAGCACAGAUGAUUGUUGAUCCACCGAAUGUGACGUCGGGAAGAAACGCCACCGCUCAUAACACUAAUAUCACACCAAUAAAAACACGAUGAGCGCGUGCGAUCACUGCGAUGCCGCUUCUGGUCCCUGUAUUAUAAGAACGUCAAAAUAUGAAGGACAGCGUUUUAGUUCAUCUUUGUUUUUUUGCGUGAGAGGUUAAAAAAAUAUUGUUUGUAUUAAAACAUUAAUUCUUGUGUAAAAUACAGUGUAAUCUAUUUUAAAUGGAACAAACUACUCUGACUGAUUUAUGUCCACAUGGCUGCUCAUGCAUACAGUUCUGAUUGUAGUAAAUCUGUUGAUACAUCACUUUAUAGCCUGUUUUCACUGUAAUCUGUAUUUGAAUCCCUCUUAUGAUUAAAGUUGUAUUUUUCUGCGACA